AUGCGUCUCAACACAUUACAAUGUCUGCUUGUCAGCCUUGUCGCUCAAGCCUCAAGGUCUUCGGCCGUUCCCACGAAGCGCGAGGCCGUUAAUAGCUGCCUCACCCAAGCCAAAGUCCCCAUCGAUACCAUAGGCUCUCAAACGUGGACUGAAGAUGGCACCGCCUACAACCUGAGACUUCCAUUCGAACCUGCUGCUAUCGCUGUCCCUACAACAAUCGCUCAGGUCUCUGCUGCUGUUGCCUGUGGCUCCAAGCAUGGUGUCGCUGUAAAUGCCAAGAGCGGUGGACAUAGCUACACUUCUCUAGGAUUCGGCGGAGAAGACGGCCAUCUUAUGAUCGAACUGGAUCGUUUGUAUAGUGUUAAGCUGGCUAAGGAUGGAACUGCAAAGAUCCAGCCCGGCGCUAGACUUGGACACGUCGCAACCGAGCUUUGGAACCAAGGAAAGCGAGCUCUUUCUCAUGGAACAUGCCCUGGUGUUGGUGUUGGUGGUCACGCCCUGCACGGCGGUUACGGCAUGGUCGCCCGAAAGUACGGACUGACUUUGGAUUUGAUGAAGGGCGCCACCGUCGUCCUCCCCAUAGGAAAAGUCGUUCACUGCUCAAAGACCGAAAACUCGGAUCUCUUCUGGGCCAUCCGCGGCGCUGGUGCAUCCUUCGGCGUUGUAGCCGAGCUCGAAUUCGAUACCUUCCCUGCGCCCAAGGAAAUGACAUACUUCGACAUUGGCCUCAACUGGGAUCAGAACUCUGCUGCUCAGGGUCUGCUUGAUUUUCAAGAGUUUGGCAAGACCAUGCCUGGAGAGAUCACUAUGCAAGUUUUCGUCUCCAAGAGCGGAUACAGCAUUGAUGGUUCAUACAUUGGCAGUGAAGCAAAUCUGCGCAAGGCUCUUCAGCCUCUGCUCACCAAGCUUAACGUUCAAGUCAGCGCUACAACAGUUGAUUGGAUUCAGCUGGUUACUCAUUUUGCUGGAGCCAACGUUGAUGUCAACCCCACUGCUGCUUCAUACUCCGCACACGACAACUUCUACGCCAGCAGCUUGACAGCUCCUGAACUCACACUCGCGCAGUUCAAAUCCUUCGUCAACUACAUCUCCACCACCGGCAAGAGCAGCAGCCACUCCUGGUGGCUCCAGAUGGACAUCACAGGAGGCAUUCACUCUGCCGUUUCCAAGCCCAAGCCCAGCGACACAGCCUAUGUCCACCGCGACACACUCCUGCUGUUCCAGUUCUACGACAGCGUGGCCCAGAACCAAAAGUAUCCCACUGAUGGGUUCAACCUGAUCAAGGGUCUGCGCCAGAGUAUCUCCAACUCGCUCAAGGCUGGUACCUGGGGCAUGUAUGUGAACUACCCCGAUUCGCAGCUCAAGGGCGAUAGAGCUACCGAGAUGUACUGGGGUAGCAAUCUGCCCAAGUUGGAGUCCAUCAAGGCGAAAUAUGACCCCAAGAACAUAUUCCGCAACCCUCAGUCGAUCAAGCCCAAGGCAUAA